CUCCACAGCCCGAUUUCAUCGGCAACGUCAUCUGGAAAUAUUGUUGUAUCAACAGACCACUACUCCGGUCCCUUUUAAAUAUCCUUAUUCUGCUCCAACCCUCCGGAACUGGUUCCAAAACUGCUGGAAGUACCGGUUUCAACAGAGAAGGAGCUCACUCGCGAGCAUCUCCGCCAAGCCAGUCAGAGCUCCAGCGAAACACAGAACACGCCCAGACUCGAAUCGGCAGACCAGAUAGACGAGGGACUGGCUUCAGCUGCGUCAAUCGCCCGUUAUGUCGGCCUCAGGUGCUCCCAGCUCCGCCGGUGCUGGGCAAGCCGGGGGAGGUUAUGGAGGGCAGGCUCACCAUGGAGGAGCAAGUUCUGCUACUGGCCAGGCGCCAUCAGCACCCCCUGCUCCUGCUCCCCAAUCCACGCAGAACCUCAACCAGAUCGUCACCGACUACCUGCUGAAAAGGGGGUUUCUCAGGACGGAGGAAAUAUUCAGGAAGGAGUCAGCCAACCUAGGGCCUGACGGUCGGCCGCAGCACAAAUCCACAGACGAGAUGGGCCCAAAGCGCUAUGGCAAGGCAUUCAGCUUGCUAAAGACUUUCGUCGAUAACAAUCUUGACUACUACAAGUUUGAGCUCCAAAAGUUCAUGUGGCCCUUGUUCAUCCACUCUUAUCUCGAGCUUGUCGAGAACGGAUACCCGACGGAGGCCAAAAACUUUCUGGGUGACUUCGGCGACGACUUCAAGGCCAUCCAUGGUGACGACCUCAAGCUGCUUUCGACCAUCACUUUACCUGCGCACGUCAAAGAGAACGAGACUACACAGCUCUACAAGGCCAACAAGUACCACAUCCCCGUGACUGACAAGGUUCAGGAUCUUGUCUUGGGACAUCUCGAGAAGGAGUACGAAAGUGGCGGCAAGACUAUGAUUCAACUUGUCGCCCGUUACUGCAUCAUCAAGAACGUCGACCGGGGGCUUGCAAAUCCUAAGAGUUUCUUUGCCAUUUUCAACAACCAGCCCAGUGUUCGUGUGGACGAGAGCGACGUGAUGGAGGGAAUUCCGGGUGCCUUCACCGGUGUAAGGUCCAACGUCGCGCCUGAUGUGCCUCUGAAGCUCGGUCCUCUGCCAAUGGAGGCAGAACUGCAGGAGGAGGUCCGGGCAGAGAUCGAGGAAGAAGACCGGCGCAACCCCCCAUCCGAUGGACGAAGUUCCCUUCUCGAGGAGUUCGAUAACAAGAUCAAGCGUGAAGAGAGCAUGGACGGACCCGCUCGCACAGAUCUUCCUCUACCGGCCUCUCGCGCAAGAGACGUUCUGAGUGAAAUUGAGAAGAUCAGAGAGCACAGAGACCGUUUCCGCAUCGAGGGUAGAACUGGCGGCGUUGGCGCAGCUGUGUCUGUGUGCAUGUACACAUUCCACAACACCCUCGGAAGUUACAACUGCAUCGAAUUCUCCAACGAUCAAGAGCUUGUGGCCGUUGGCACCAUGGACUCGUACAUUCGCGUGUGGAGCAUGGACGGGAGCCACCUCAAAUCCGCCCUUGACAACGGCUCGCAGUCAGCAACAAACAAUCGUAUGCUGAUCGGUCACUCCGCCCCUGUCUAUGGGCUCUCCUUCUCCGAUGCUGUAUCCGUUCCGCACGAGAGAAGGGACACCCCAAGGGCCCCGCGCUUGUUGCUGUCAUGCGCAGCCGACGGCCACAUCCGGCUGUGGUCGCUCGAUACUUGGUCUUGUCUGUGCAUCUACAAGUCCCAUGACGGCCCUAUAUUCAACGUACAGUGGGGCCCCCACGGCCAUUACUUUGUCAGCGGUGGUUGGGACAAGACCGUGAGGAUCUGGAUGCAGGACCACGCGACACCGGUCAGGACCUGCGUUGGCCAUGACACCAGCAUCUCCGCCGUGGCUUGGCACCCAAACGGCACUUACGUCUUUUCAGCUUCCGACGAGACCGACAAAUCAAUCAGAAUGUGGUCCGUCGUCACGGGAGACUGUGUUCGAAUCAUGGUGGGGCACCACCAUUACAUCAAUACAAUCGAAUGCGCUCCCAACGGCAAGGUCCUCGCCAGUGCCGACAUCGACGGCAACAUUUUCUGGUGGGACAUCGAGAAGGGAGUCGCUAUCAAGAAGAGCAAAGGCCACGGAAAGGGUGGCAUUACUUCCCUCAGCUUCAGUGUCGAGUCCAAGGUCCUUGUCUCUGGUGGCGUCGACAACACUGUUCGUGUCUGGGACGUCGACCUUCCCGCCGAUGGCAGCAAGCCUGUUGGUGGCUCCACGGGCCAAGCCGCCCAGCCUGAGAACAACGCGAGCAACGGGGAUUCGAUUGGACCGAGUGACCGGAGCAUCACGGUCGGUGGACAGCCUCAACAGCCACCUGCCGCGGCAGCGUCUGCUUCAAAUACCAACGGCGCUGCGUCCGCGGGCACUGGUGUUUCGGGCACUGGCACCGGAAAGAAGAAGGGAAAGGAGGUGCAAAUAUCGGCCGAUCAAAUCAGCGCUUUCCCUACGAAGAAGACAGCCGUCAAGAAAGUCCGCUUCACGCGCAUGAACCUCGUCACCGCGGCUGGCGUGUACGAGCCGGAGCGCUGAGGGUUAAACUUGCGAAGGAACUCGAUAUAUACAGCUUCCUGCUUGAAUUCUGAUGGGGUCGUGGCUUGAGGCAUGAGGGAAUUUGCUAGCCUUUACCAGUUCGAAAAAGUCAGCCUGGAUGUCGAGGUUGACUAUCGUGUCUAACAUUUGAUAUUCUAGUCGCUCGGGAUGAGAUCAAUACCCCAUGAUUUUAAUGGCGUUAUUAGGGGAGCUUGAAAGGCGAGGUGCUUUGCAAAAAAGUGAGAGAGGCACUACGGAGGCAGAUUUGACGGUCGGUCUUGUCAUAUUGUAGAGUUAGCCUGGACCUCAGGAAUCAUCGGUUCGAGGAUGGAUAUUCAUUGCAGAGGCCUCUUCUUCUAGUGGCCGGGGAGAACCUCCCAGUAGCCGGCGAGAAGUCGAACUUUCAGUUCAUGGUGGCUGCCGCCUCUGCCGCCGCCUCCGUGCCCAUGGCGAGAAGUCGAACUUUCAGUUCAUGGUGGCUGCCGCCUUCGUGUCCGGGGCCAGCACACCAAGACCACUGGCUGGCCCUCGAAACGUCCGCAGCCGACCAGUCAGUGCUUCCCAGUGGCGGAGAUAUCGCAGACGCAGCUACAGAGGGAGCUGUGGACAUUGGAUCACGAAUGGUGAGACAGACAGCAGCAAUCAAGCGCCAGAUAGGUACAUCUAAACGAAUCACGCGCAGUUGGUGAUCCCAGCUUUGGCAAGCACGAGCUACAGUAUCGAGGUUAGUCAAGAUACAAAAGUGGCUUCUAAGUAAUAAUAAUUCGCUUUCAAGGUCGUCAUUAGAA